GGAAGCUUCCCGCGGCAGCAGCAGCGSCGGCAGGAGGGUGGGAGGGGAUUAGCCGGCUGGCGGGCGGGGGCGCGAGGACGCGGGAGGAAUCCCGCCCUAGGUUCCUUUGAGCGUUUUGGACCACGAAGCCCUGGGCAAGGAGCGAGUGAGCCUGGGGCCAACUACGAGCGCGGAGCCUGCAGCGGGCRGCGCGGAGCGGGGCCCCCGGGCUGAGCGGGCUCAGAGCCCGGGGCUCCGCGGCUCGGGACCCGGCUCCGGCGGGGGCGGCGAUGUUCCACUGCAUCCCCCUGUGGCGGUGCAACCGUCAUGUAGAGACCGUCGACAAGCGCCACUGCUCUCUCGUCUACGUCCCUGAGGAAAUCUACCGCUAUGCUCGUAGCCUGGAAGAGCUUCUGCUGGACGCUAACCAGCUCCGCGAGCUGCCCGAGCAAUUUUUCCAGCUAGUCAAAUUACGAAAGCUUGGACUUAGUGAUAAUGAAAUUCAGCGGCUCCCUCCAGAAAUAGCAAACUUCAUGCAGCUGGUGGAACUUGAUGUGUCCCGAAAUGAUAUUCCUGAGAUUCCAGAAAGCAUCUCAUUCUGUAAAGCACUGCAGAUAGCCGACUUCAGCGGAAACCCACUGACUAGGUUGCCAGAAAGCUUUCCUGAAUUACAGAAUUUAACAUGUCUUUCUGUAAAUGACAUCUCAUUACAGUCUCUGCCUGAAAAUAUUGGCAAUCUUUAUAACCUGGCUUCUCUGGAACUGAGAGAGAAUCUUCUGACCUAUCUUCCUGACUCUCUCACCCAGCUGCGCAGGCUAGAGGAACUUGAUUUAGGAAACAAUGAAAUAUAUAAUUUGCCAGAAUCUAUUGGCUCUCUCUUACAUUUAAAGGAUCUCUGGUUGGAUGGAAACCAACUGUCAGAAUUACCUCAGGAAAUAGGAAAUCUGAAGAAUCUGCUGUGCUUAGAUGUCUCCGAAAACAGGUUGGAAAGACUUCCUGAAGAAAUCAGUGGCCUGACUUCAUUAACAGAUUUAGUUAUUUCCCAGAACUUAUUGGAAACAAUCCCAGAUGGUAUUGGAAAACUAAAGAAACUGUCAAUCUUGAAGGUGGAUCAGAACAGAAUCACACAGUUGCCUGAAGCAGUUGGGGAUUGUGAAAGUCUCACGGAGUUGGUACUUACAGAAAAUCGGCUCCAGACUUUACCUAAGAGCAUUGGAAAACUUAAGAAGUUGAGCAACUUGAAYGCAGACAGAAAUAAAUUAAUCUCUUUACCAAAAGAGAUUGGCGGGUGCUGCAGCCUCACUGUGUUCUGCGUGCGUGACAAUAGACUAACUCGAAUACCUGCAGAGGUGUCACAGGCGACAGAGCUCCAUGUCCUAGAUGUGGCAGGGAACAGGUUGUUGCAUCUGCCUUUAUCGCUGACUGCCUUGAAAUUGAAGGCCCUGUGGUUAUCUGACAACCAGUCCCAGCCUCUGCUCACGUUCCAGACAGACACAGACCACAGCACAGGAGAGAAGAUUUUAACCUGUGUCUUACUUCCGCAGCUGCCUUCUGAACCUCCUUGCCAAGAGAAUCUGCCCCGCUGUGGUGCCCUGGAGAACUUGGUCAACGACGUCUCUGAGGAAGCCUGGAACGAGCGUGCAGUAAACAGAGUCAGCGCAAUCCGAUUUUUGGAGGAUGAAAAAGAUGAAGAAGACAAUGAGACGAGAACACUUCUAAGGCGAGCCACUCCACACCCAGGGGAGUUAAAGAACAUGAAAAAGACAGUAGAGAAUUUACGGAAUGAUAUGAAUGCUGCUAAAGGACUGGAUUCAAACAAAAAUGAGGUCAAUCACGCCAUCGACCGGGUGACCACUUCCGUGUAGCGUUCGCCUGCAGGUCUUACCUCCGUGUCUUCCCUGCUGUCAAGGUGUUCCUGUCUGCUUCUGAGGAGCCGUGUCUUCACCAGCACCUGCUGUCACCUGCCGCCUCCUGUGGCCAGGGUCCGGGAUGCUGCUCCCACCCAGGAAGUGCCUUACUCCUUCCUCUGCCCAUCAUUGCCCAGCUGUCUCCUGGCCUGGUGUUGUGUUGUUUUUUUUUUUAAAUUUCAGUGGUUUGUAAUAAGUAGAAUACACUACUGUAAACAUCUGGCCUUUGUUUUUCUCUUAUGUGGGGAAGAGGUAGAGCAGGAAGGGAAUUUUUAUCUUUUUCCUUUCCAUACAGUGCUGGGACCUUUUGAACCUAAGUUCUCUUGGACCUACUGAUGAGAGCUAGUUUUAUGUCUGGGGAGAAAAAAAAUCAAUACUUUUUUUCUUUUAAGCUUUUUUUGGCAGCUCAGAUGGUGUAAAUUAAAAAAAAAAUUGUAUAGGUAUUUCAUAACAAAAAUAUGUAUUUCUUUUUUGUUAUUUUAUCCUGAAGACGGUACAUAUUUUAGUAUUUGUGCAGAAGACAAACCAGUCCUAAAGUAUUUGUUUUUAUUCGUACCAUCCACUCGUGCCUUACUGUAUCCUGUGUCCUGUCAAACCAGUUGUAAACAAUGGCGUCCUCGAGCAGUGAGAUCAGAAUAGGAACGUGGUACUUUUAAAGCAGUGUUGCAUUUUAAUCAGUAAUCUACCUGGUGGAUUUGUUCUUAACCAAAAAGAUGAAGUAUCGAUGAUUUGUAAAUUGUAUUGGUUGAUUUUUUUUUUAAAAGAUGAACCAAAGGAUUAAACUGUUAAUAUUUUGUUUCUUACACUUUAGUUUUUCACCAGUCUCUUCUAAUGAGUGCAGUGUCAGACUAUGCCUACUCCAAAGGUGUGUGCCAUUUGUAUAACAGAGCAGAAAAGCACAAAAAGAAAAAACCAGUUCAGAAAUUCAGUGGAUAAACAAACUAUGUACUGCAAAAGAAAGUAUGAUUCUUGUUGAAGAAGCUUUAAAAGUUUUAUAUCCAGAUAUAAGACCACAAUAAAAUAACUACUACCAUAAUAGAAAUGUCACUAUCUUUACAAGUGCAAUUUAAUUUGUAAAUAGAGUUUAAAUCAAAGUCUAACAAAAUACUGAUUCAAGAUUUAAUUUUAAAUCUGCUAAUUUAAGGGGUAUGGGGUUUAUUUUGGUGUAUUUCUGUUGAUUUCUUUUUUGUAUGCUGUGAUAAAAGAUAAUUGAAAAGUG